CUGUGCAGGCUGUUAGUAUACACACACUACGCCGUAUGACACAAUACACAUUUCAGUGUGUUCGGUUCGGUCGGUGAUAAUUUUAUUAUUGACAACCUUUGAUUUACAUAUGAAUCUCUGUGUUUCCCUCUAAACUUAUAAUUAGUUAUAAUAAAAGUGUAUUCUAAUAUUUUGGUACCCAAAAACCUUUGCAAAAUCGAUUUGGAAUUUAGUCUUUAAGUUGCUUUAAAGAUCGUGAUAUCUAUCAUGUUUCGUGCUGUCGUACACAAUGUUACAAUUCUUUAGAAAAUCUGGAGAAAAAUAUAGGUCCAGAUCAUUGCAGGAGACUCCUUUGAAGUCGAAGAGUACAGGAAACUUGCAAAAUGAUUCAUACCCACUGGCCCAAUCAAGCUCGCUGGGUAGCCUUGAGGAGGCAGAGGAAUAUGAUCAGUUCGACGAAGAGUCGACAGAAAUUUCUUCCUUCCGGUCUAGUCUCUCUAAAACUCUUCCCGAAAUUCUCUCUGAUAAAAGCGCCCUAGGAUACUUUAUUCAAUUUUUGGACUCGAGGGGUUGUGUGAGUCUCAUCAAAUUUUGGCUCGAAGUUGAGUGUCUCUGUGGAGCCUGCUCAGAAACAGAAUCUCUCAAAAAUCACAAUGAUCACUUGGAUGAUAUGAGGAGCGAUUUUAACAGUUUCUCUGGCACAGGCAACGACCAUCAUUUUUAUUGUGAUAUCAGCGUUGAUUCUGUGGAAAAUGGUGACAACCAAGAAUUAGUUUUAGACAAAAUUGUACACAAUACUGACGUAAAAUCAAAUGCAGGUCUGCCAAAGAAUAAUCGCGUGAUAAUUGACAAUGAGGCAGCUGGAUCGAAUUGUACCUUUCAGAAUGACUGUCGUCGUGCUUCUACUGUAAUACAAGAUGCUCUAAGAAUUUACAAAAAAUACGUCGCUAAGGAUGUCCUGGGACCGAAUUUGAUUUCGGAGGAAUUGAAAGCCGAAAUGAAAGAAAUCCUUUCGUGCAAAAACGCAGAACCUUUGUUGAGAUGCUUAUCCUUGGUUCAGAAAAUGAUUUAUAAAAUUUUAGAAGACGAGUAUUUGAACGUGUUUUUAAAGAGCGACUAUCAUUGCAAGCAUCAGAUUGAUGUUUUGACCAGUGGGAAUGUACAAUUAGCUGACAUAAUGUACAACGAAACCGCUUUUUUUUACUUCAUGGAGUUUAUGGAGAUAGAAAACAAACGAAACCUCCUCGAUUUUUGGAUGUCAGUCAUGAAUUACAAGCAAAAUUUAAUAGAAAAAGGAGCUUCGGCCGAUCCGUGCGAAGCGCAAACGGAUGCUGUGAUUAUUUAUGAAAAAUAUUUUAGUUUACAAGCAACAAUGCCGCUUGGAUUCGCCAACAAGAUUCGUUUUCAUGUUGAGCAGAAUAUUUGUCGUGAAGAUGGAAAAGGACCACAACCUGAUUGUUUUGAUUAUCCUAGUAAACUCGUUUACAACUUUUUAAAAAAGAACUACUUACCUGCGUUUUUAUCGUCUCAGCUCUACUAUAAGUACCUUUCCGAACUUAUAAAUAAUCUUCAGAGCAGUUCAUGUGCAAACCUACAUCCAAUGGUGAAGAGGGCAGGUUCUGAUUGUGGUAGCGAAGCAAGUAGUUUAAGCUUUCGAGCUCAAACUCCAACUCAGAGGACAGUGGAUGAACAAAAACAAUUAAAAAGUUCCAAAACAGUCAAUGGAGGCAUGAGCAUAGAUACAAAGCAGUUGUACGAUCCUGAUUCUCUCUGGAGGCGUAAAAACAGGAGUCUGAGUGUUGGAUAUGUCGACAACAUGGGACGAUUUAUUACUGAAAUCGAACCAGACCCACAUCGAAAAUACGAAAAGGAAUCUCGAUUAUCCCGAGCGGUUAGAAGAUUAGUAAAUAUGGAGCAGGAUAAGGCCAAGGAAGAGUUAGCAUGGAAAAUUGCCGAAAUGAUCAUUCGAGAAAUCACAUCUUUGACCCUAGGAACAUCGGAUCUUCCAUAUUGAUAAAAUUUAUGUUCGAAUAAUUAGUUACUGUCUCAAUAUUAAUUUUAGCCGUCAGACGGCAUAUAAAAAGUUUCCGCGCAGUAAUUAGUUUUAAAUUAAUUUAAUUUACUCGUCUAACUAACUUUGAGCCAAGAAAGAUCUUUUAAGUAGAUGCCAAGAUAUCAAACCUCAAUUAUUCGCUGCGAAUGUUUUCGAUAUUUUUUAACCGACUUUUUCUUAAAUUGUCUUUUAUCUUUUUACUCGUUUCUUUGUGUUCAUCGAACGUGCUUUCCUUGGGCGUUUAUGUAAUGAGAUUGUUAUGUAUUUCGACAAACUUACUGUGAUUCUCAAAUUUUAUAUAUACUUUCUUCGGACUGAAAUACUCGUAGUUUAUCAGGAGAAAAUUUUUGUAAAUGAAUCUCAAAUAUCUUCAUGGAAUUUAAGUAUUGAACUUGCAUAAGUAUUGAACUUGCAGAUUGUCUUCUAUCAAUUAAAAAUUUCUAGAGAGCUUAAAUCAUGACAAAUUUUGACGUCUUCGACAUACAAUUAUGGAAGUAAAAGUAAUCGCAUGACUUGAAUUAUAUUUUAUUUCAUUUCUAUUGUUUUUUUUUUACUAAAAGAUAUUUCGAUAAGUAUGAUCAGUGAUCACAAAAACAGGGAUUAAAAUAUUUGCUUUGGUAUACAUAUAAAGUAACUGGCUGAGAUCUGAGAAAAUGUGGCCUAUAAUGUAACAUAAUCGUACUCUAGCUGUAUUAUAUAGAUUAAGUGACUUCGUAUCAAAAAUGUAAAUUUUAAUUUCAUGCAUAAGAGAAAUCGUACAUAAAAGAGAAAAUGUAUAGAGAUGUUGAUAUCUUUUGUAGCACCUAAAGUGUAAAACAAGAUCGCUGUUAAAACAAAUUAUUCGAUAUAAAGAUAUAUGGAUGGCAUGUGAAAAAAUAUAUUUUUAAAAAUGAAUUUUCCAUCGGUGCUAUUGUAAGUUGGGUGAAAAUAUUAAAUUAAAGUGGUAUUGACUUAUGGUGUAAAGGAAACUUUUCUAUAUCAGAAAUAUCAAAUUACUUUACUAUCAAUACCAAUAUAGAGAUACGACUUAGAAUAAGUAAUUAAUUCGAGAAACAACAGUCAUAUAUGUAUUAAGAGUUUCCUAGUUGUACAAACUAAUUAUAAUUUACGGUAAACGUUUUUGUAUAUAUUGUGUAUAUUUUGUUCUUUAUCAAAAAAUAAAGAAUAUAUAUCUCUCAAA